UAAUAUAUAUAUAAUUGUUUACAAAUCUUAAUUAUGUGAGAUUUAGUAAAUAAUUUAUUUUAGAAAAAACUUUGGACCUUCUAUGAGAUUGUAGGUACACCUGAACAAAGGUUAAUAACAGUCCACAGAAAAUCGAAUAUCGAUACUACAUAUGUACUGACUUAUAACAGUGGUGUCUCAUAUAAUGAUAAUGUAUAAAUGCAAAUAACUAUAUUGUUUGAAUCAGUCCGUGACAACGGUCCAUAACCCUUUUUAACAGUCGUCAGAAAACACGGUCGCGACAUGUACAUACACGCACAUACCUAAAGCCAUACGUAACACACACCAUAUUACAAAUAAGAUAUUAUUAUAUAUUUAUUAAAAUAUAGAUUUCUGACACACAUUUACGUACGUGUAUCUAUAAUACGCAAAUGCACCGCAUAGUCUUUCUCCUCCUUUGAUGGUCUAAAUCUGACGUGACAUUUCCCUCUCUUGUUUCAUUUCCUCUCUCUCGAAACAGAAACGUCAUGUUUAUCUCGGAAAAGCAACGGUGGACGGAUGAGGUCGCCGCCGCGAGGAGAGAAGCUUCUUCUUGGGACUUCCCUUUCAACGACAUUAACGUUCAACAUCAUCGUCGCUGCAACACAAGUCAUGAGUUUGAUAUCUUGAAGAGUCCUCUUGGAGAUAACGUAGAAGGGAGUAAUAAUCAUAACCCUAAUUAUAGUAACAAUGAGAGCGGUAAGAAGGAGACGACAGAUAGUGGACAGUCUUGGUCUUCCUCGUCUUCAAAACCGUCGGUCUUGGGGAGAGGACACUGGAGACCAGCUGAGGAUGUUAAACUCAAAGAGCUUGUCGCCAUUUACGGUCCACAAAAUUGGAACCUCAUAGCUGAAAAGCUUCAAGGAAGAUCAGGGAAGAGCUGUAGACUUCGGUGGUUUAAUCAAUUGGACCCGAGGAUAAACAGAAGAGCUUUCACGGAGGAUGAAGAAGAGAGACUUAUGCAAGCGCAUAGGCUUUAUGGUAACAAGUGGGCAAUGAUUGCGAGGCUAUUUCCUGGUAGGACUGAUAACUCUGUCAAGAACCAUUGGCAUGUUAUCAUGGCUCGUAAGUAUAGAGAACACUCCUCUGCUUACCGUAGGAGGAAGCUCAUGAUUAAUAAUCCACUUAAACCUCAGCUUUCUAAUCAUCCUAGCCCUAACCCUAAUCACCACUCUUUUAUCUCCACUCAUCAUUACUUUACUCAGCCUUUCCACGAGUUUAAUUUGACUCAUCAUUUGGUUAAUAAUGCGUCUAUCACGCCUGACCAUAACCAGCUUGUGUUGCCUAUCCACUGUUUUCAAGGUUAUGAGAGCAAUGAGACUCCAAUGGUUGUGAGUAUGUUUGGCAACCAAAUAAUGGGCGGGGAUAAUGUUGAUGUCAUGUCAGAAGGGUUGUAUGAAUAUCCUUACAUUGACUCUACGAGCCACGAGAAAGGAGUGCCAAAUGAGCCAAUGAGUUGGAUCGGAAUGGAAGGUGAAGAUGAGGAGGUGGUGGAGAAGGCGAAGCAGCAACCACAUUUUUUCGAUUUUCUUGGCUUGGGGACGGCAUGAAACUUGAACAAAGUGGUGUAAUAAUGAGUUAAUGACAGUUAUUAAUUUGGUUAGUGAAAAGCAAGAAGUUAUCUUUAUCUGUUUAGAAAGCAAAAUGCCUUGUGUUUGCGUUUAUUGGUAAAAUGUAGAUUGUUGUUGUGGCCUUGUGGGGCGUCUAAUUAAUGUAUAACAUUUGAUAAAAUCUCGGUAUUAUAGUAACUCUUUGCUAUA